GUGUGUGUGAGAAAGGGGGUGUGGCCUGCACUUCCACCGGCUGUACCGCACUCACGCACAAUGAAACAACGAAAGGCUGAUGUAGGACACCACGUUGGGGCUCGAGAGACAGCGGCACGCGCGCCGAGUUUCCUGCGUUUCUUUCAUAUUUAGUUCGUAUGGACCGCGUUUGAAGAGCGGAGCGGCGCGGCGGAGUCGCUUGUUAUCGUUAUUAUUUAUUUUUCGUUAAUUCACCGGGGUGGGAAACCGCGGACAGCGAUCGUCCAUACACGCGCGCGCCCGCCCGCCACCCCUCCUUCUUGCGCUUUGUUGUUUUCGAUCUCCGCGCGAGACCAUGUCCGUGUUCGCCGACUCCGAUUAUCUCGCCGCCGAGUGCCUGGUGUCGAUCUCGAGCGGCCCGGUGCUUCACCGGCCCAGUGCCGCCGUGACGAAUCACGGCGAGGCGGACGGCUCGCGCGAGGACAGGGAGGUGCGCGAGACCCUUAGGCUCGAGGGCGCGUGCGAGGAGGAGGCCGGCGUCGUCCUCGCGGACACGCACGCGGCUUUCCGGCCCAUGUCCGCGCACUCGGAGAGCAGCUCGUCGUCGAGCUCGUGCGGCGAGAGCGGAUACGCCACGCUGUGCGACUCGGGCACCGCGACCCCGACCAUGACCCCUACCGGUACCCCGGUUCCGGGACACACAAACCGCAACGCCCCCCAGCAGAUGUGGGCAGAGGGUGGAGGAGGAGGGGCGCCACCGCGCUCUCCCUCUAAGCGCCACCCGUGCACUUACAACGGAUGCGACCGAGUCUACGGCAAAUCCUCCCACCUGAAGGCGCACAUCCGGACACACACAGGUGAGAGGCCGUUCCCAUGCACCUGGCCUAACUGCGCGAAGAAAUUCGCCCGGUCCGACGAGCUGGCACGCCACCUGCGCACUCACACUGGUGAGAAGCGUUUUCAGUGCCCGCUUUGUGCCAAACGCUUCAUGCGCAGUGACCACCUGAUUAAGCACGCACGCCGCCACCCCGACUUCCAGCCAUCCAUGAUCGGACGUAGAAGCAGCGGCUCACCCCAGGGUCAAGGGUCAUCCAUCAGCACACAGUCUCACUAAACCAGCAGCAUCAACUUCACAAGCUAAACCAAGUCGGACACCUUUACAUAGCAAAGCGAGUCCUGUUUUUUUUUUUUUUUUUUUUUAACCACACAUUUGAAUACCAAAUUGUGUUCAAAGUUCUCCCUUCUCCUCGUCUUCCUUCGGGUCCAGUCAUGAGGUCGAGGUGGUCGUUUGCCUCAACACAAUAAUCCUGGUGCAAUCACAUCAUCCAGCAUGAUCGGCGAGCGAUGUCAGAUCUGCCGAACAUCUCUCUCUCUCUCUCUCUCUCUCUCUUUCAUUUUUUUCACCACAAGCACAACAUGCUACUCCUUUCAGGCUGUGAAGCUAUUUCGGGGUUAACAGGAUGGCUGCAGCACAAUCCUCACUCUCUCCGAUUUCUUCGGCUGUUUCGGGAAGUCUGCAUUACUUCUCAGUCAUGUAUGAGAUGUCCUUUUCUUUUUUUUCUGGUUUAUGGGUGUGGAUGUUAAUGCCCCGGGAAACUGUUUAAAAUGCCCAUGUCAUUCCAGUUUCACUCUGCAUUCCAGUACUGUUUUUAAUACACCCUCUUUAAUUGGUUAUCCUUCACAACUGCAUCAUGGAUUGAAACGUGUAAUGCCAAAAACAUUCAGUUUAAGCGUGCUACCUAGCUGGCUAGUCUGGUGUGUUGAACCAACAGAUCAACCAGUUUAUUCAUUCCAGUCAGAUUAGCUAUCGUGAAUUUAUAAAAAAAAAAAAAAAAUCCCCAACCAUUUUGAAAUACUUUUUGCAUAUGUAUUUUGGUAAACAGCGCAAUCUGUCACUUUUGUGACAUAUAAUAUUUUAGCUAAAUUUUCAAUAUGUGGAGUGUGCAGGUAGAGGUAUUGAAUUUAAAUUGAAUAUAUUAAAUAACAUUAUUAUACAUAGGUCAUUGCGCAAAAUCCUAAAUUACAAUGAAAAUAGUUUCAGGGAACCCCAGGUUUAAAAAAAGUCUCUUUCAAACCAGGCUUCAUCUAACGAUGCAUAGUUCCAGUGAAGCCAAGUGUCCGGUUCAGCCCAGAGAGAAACAUGGGGGGGGCGUGUUGCAAACAGUACUGAAGUGCACCCUUAGAUGGAUCACAUCACCUCUUCACCAUGGUGCUCUAUUUACAAUUCUUCUGUAACUGACUGUAAUAUGUCAAAAUGCCUGUGACUCGGUUGUUAAUCACACAGAACUUACAAUAUGUUUUGGUUAGUUUUUUUUGGUAACUCCGUUUACAUUGACGUGCGCAGCUGCGUUUGAGCACCAUGUCAAUAACGAUAAUCAAUAAUUGAAAUUUAUAAUGAAAAGAUAAAAUAUCUCAUUUAAGCACGCUUGCAUUUCUACAUUGAGGUCUUUGAUGGUGUCAUAACUUAUUUUUUCUUGCGCAUUUAAUAUAAUAUACAUAUAUGUAUUUGGUUUUGAUUUUGUUUUUGCAAAAUUAUUGGAACACUGACAUUCCAUGACCACUCAAAUGGUUAAACGGUUUGAAGUGUUUUUAGGUCAUUCGUUACUUCUUAUAUAUAUAUUUUUUUUAAUAUGUAGACAUGUAACCUCAUGCUGAAGGGGUUGCACAUGAUUUGUGUGUGUGGGGGGGGGUGGGUGUGUAUGGCUAUGCUUGAAUCUUCUUCUGUAGAGAUGUUCUAUAUACGAUAAUGCUUCUCUUAGGGAUAAAGGGCACGCGAUUGCUUUUAAAGCUAGACUAGUGCUGCUUGCUCGUGUGGGAAUGUAUGCCACGGAUGUAUGUACGUAUGUAUGUUUGUAUGUAUGCAUAAGAGAGAGAAUGUUAACCUCUCUUCAAACACAUCUAUCUCAGAGAACAAUGCAAACACAUCAGGAAUUUCAGAAAGCCUUAAUUCCUCUCCCGACUUAUUUUGCACCGUUGUUUACCGUUACACACUUUCUACAGGUAACGUAUGCCGCAGGGUGUUUUAUUAUAAUACUUUUUUUUUUAAUUCAUUAUUUCUUUACAAAAUAAAAUACAAAUAUGCAAUAUUGCACUUUUCUUCUAGAUGAUGAUGCUUCUGUCUGCUAGUGUAAUGGGUAACACUGUAUAAAUGUAUACGUCUGGGGAAAAUUAAGAAAAGAAAAGGAACACUGUGGAAAGAAAAAAAAAACACAAGUGUUUUCGGGAUGCACCUGUUUCCAAGUGCUUGAAUAAGUGCGACAAAGGGAAGAAACGGACUUGA